CAAAAGCCCUAAACGCCUCGACGUUUUCCCCUUCCGCAAGAAACAGAGACCCAGACGAGUAAAUUUACGCCAUCCACCGGGAGUCAUCGCAUUCUCCGUAGGUUCUCGCGUACAUCGAUUUCUACCGCAAGCUCCCAACUCUGCAGAGGUCGAUCGUGUGGUUCGCGUCGGCGCCGCUGUCGGAGGCGAUUGGAGACGAGGCGAACUUGUGGAAGCAAAGUUGAAAUCAAACAAAUUGACAAGAAAUAACUUAUCAUUGUCUGUCUAUUUGCAUCCACUUAUAUCUGUUCUAAUCCAAAUGGAGAAACUGAAUAAUUGCAAUGUUCUAGUUGUUUGGAGAGGCAUGGAGUUGAGUGUGGAUGUUAACUCAAACUCUAAUGUGAAGGAGUUUGGUCAGAAGCUUCAGGAAUUGACUCAUGUCAAACCUGACACCAUGAGAUUUUUUGUUCCACAAACUAAUAACAAGGGAUCAAGGAUGCUUAGUCCAUUUUCUGAUGCUCAUUCCAUGUUAAGCUUGCAAGAAGGUGCUAUUCUUCAGGGAAAACCAAUCCGGAUGAUGGGUGUUUUAAAAGAUGAGAUUGAUGAUGUUUCUCAAAAUAGUAAAAAUGACCUAAGGAUAGUUGGGUUCGAUGAAGAAGAAAAGCGAUUGAAACAAAGAGCAACUUAUAGGCCUCAAUCUUCUCUAAAACUUCCUCAGGGAAGCUACAUUUUCUGUGAAUUUCGGACACUCCAAAUUCCAGGAAUACAGUUAACUCCACCACCUUCUGAGGCAUUGAAAAGAAUGCACAUGCUUGCCUGUGAUCGUGGGAUUAUUGCCAUCAUGAAUAAGCAUCGAUGGCGGGUCGGUAUUAUGACUGAAAUGGCACCAGAAGGAUAUGUAGGAAUAAGUCCAGAAUGCAUUCUAGGUUUUAACAAGAAUCACGGGGAAGAAAUAUCCCUUAGACUACGUACAGAUGAUCUCAAAGGAUUUAGGAAAUAUGAAAGCAUAAAAAAAACACUGCUACAUGAACUUGCCCACAUGGUGUACUCAGAACAUGAUUCCAAAUUCUUUGCUCUAAACAAGCAGUUGAAUGAAGAAGCUGCUAAUCUAGAUUGGACAAAAUCAACCAGCCACACAUUGAGUGGUAGAAUAUACACUGACAACUAUGAAGAAGAUGCUUAUAUCAAUGCAAGUAGAGAGAGUAUUGGCCAAAAACUUGGAGGAGCAAUGAAUUCAUUUGCGUCUGUUCGUGCAUCGUCUGUUGCAGCAGCCUACAACCGUCUUGUAAAUGUUUCAGCCAAGGAGCCCCUUCUUGAUGACAAUAAGUUUGUGGGAAAUCAAGUUAGUUUUGAUUCUGAACCUGACCCAGAUGAUAUGGUGACUUCGUUUGGAAAUGCUUCCAUUCUUGAAAUGGUGAAAAACACCAAGGCAUCAUCUUCUAAGUCAUACACAGCUGUGCAUGAUGAGCCUGAUCACGAUGAUUCCUUAAAUAAUGAGAAUGUGCUUGAGCCUGAUCCAGAUGAUGCUCCCACUAUCAGCGUUCUGACUAAUGAGAGCAAAACUGUUCCUGUAGAUAUUGCAGCAACAGAGAAUGAACAUAAUCCUGAUAACAACCUAUCUGUUGAUGCUGUUAAAACUAUCAUGAGGCAUGAUACUGGUAUCGUGUCAAGCAAGUUAGAUACACAGCAGCAAAGAAAUUUGGAACUUGGUCCUGACGAGUUGACGAGUAGCAGAAUAAUCCUGGAUGUACAAAUGGAAGAAUUAAAUCUCACAAAACUCCAUGGAGAGCCUGAUCCGGAUGAAUCCACCAAAGACAUGCUUUCAGAAGCCCAGGAGAGGUUCCAACAAAGUUCUGAAACUUCACCAGUUGCAGAUGACUCGAUGAAAGUUGAUGAUGCCUAUGGUUUCGACAGUCAAGAGGUACAGAGAAUUGAAGAACCUGCUGCUAUUUUUUGUUCACGCCUCCAGAAGGUCAUUGAUAUUCUAAAAUCAGAGGCAGCGCCUUCACAAGCUGCCACAGCUCUUCAGACACUUUUCAAGAUCAUCAGGAAUGUGAUAGAACACCCAGGGGAGAUCAAAUUUAGAAGACUAAGAAAGGCCAAUCCUCAGUUCCAAAGGAAUGUGGCAAAUUAUAAAGCUGCAAUGGAGAUUCUCGCAUUGGUAGGUUUCUGCGAAGAUGUGAUUUCUGAUGAAAUUGGGAUGGUGGAAACGUUUUUGGUGUUGAAAAGAAAUGAUCCCGGUUUAUUGUGGCUUGCAAAAUCUUCUCUGGAGCUGUCUAUAGCUUAGUGCAGGUAUCAACAUCAUAUCUGUCAUCAGUGUACAUUAUACAUCCAUGUAUGUUGUAGCUCCUGCUUUAUUUUUAGCGACAACUUUCAUAUAUCUUUUAAAAAGUAAAUUCUGAAGAGUAUGGAUUUGUAAUAAAGUUGAUACCUUUUGUCUCAA